AUGUGUCACAAACGAGCAGCUUCACGCAAUCUAGAUAUGGACCAAGACACUCGCAUCGGCUCCUACCAACCAGUCAAGCUCACUAAAACCUUCAGUGAGGAGCUCAAUACCAGCCGUGGUAUGGUGGCGCUCAGCCAGGAUGAACCUCCUCGAAACAUCUACGGCCCUGGCGGCGCGCAGAAAUCGGCCGAUCUCUACGGCAGCAUCGAAUCAUCCAUGAAAGGCUUUAAUUCCACAGAGUCCGAGUUCUAUGAUUCUCCCUAG